AUGAAUACAAAGAAUACAAAGAAUAAGAAGACAGUUGUUGUCAAAAAGAAUAAUAAUAACAAAGAUGAUGGAUUAUCAUUAAAUAUACAAAAGAAGCAACAAUCACUUGCUGAUGAGAUCUCGAUGUUGGUGACUUCGAAUGCACCAAAGUCAAUCGAUCCAGAGACAUCAGACUUCUUUGGUGAUUCCAAUCACAUGCAUAUGGGCAAUGACCUAAACAAUGACUUUGGUGAUAUUGAAGAUGAUAACGAUCAAAGUGUUAGAUUGAGAGGUGACUUGCCAACAGUGUUCACAACUGGAAAGUACGCUGGAAAGAAGUCAUCAAGACGUGAUGAUAUUGAUGAUGAUGAUCAAGUUGAUGAACAAGUUGAUGAUGAUGAUGACCAAGACAUCGAAGACAAGUUUGAAUUCGAAGAACGCAUAGUAUCAAAUAAUAUAGACAAGGCUGAUGAGUUGCUAAGACAACUUGAAGAACAAGAAGAUGAGGAUGAAGAUGAAGCCAAUCAACAACCAUCUAUAACAACCAAGAAUAUGGCUACAUCUGCGUUGGAGGAAUUGGAGAAGGCAAAGAAUACAAAGAAUCAAUCGGAACUGUUUGAUGAGUUCCUGACGACAAGAAUACAUUUACAAAAGGCAGUAAACAUUGCCAACAGACUGCCAAAGCCAUCCGAUCACAAAAUGAUGGUGGAGGCCGAGACCAAAAUAGGCGAGGCAUUCACAUCAGCUGCCAACGAGGCCAAGUCACUGCUCUCUGAUCUGUUUGAUAUGCAAUCGGAACUGAUCUCAAGGAAUAGUGAGAUUGAACAAUGUGCAGAGAAGAAGACAACGAGGAAGAGACUGAGGGACACAGAGUCAUUGAGUGAUAUAUGGUCAGCAAUGGAGGAGCAGAAUGCUAGACUGUUUGAAUACACGAGCCAGACAUUGGAGAAGUGGAACAGCAGAGUUAAUGUAUCGGCUAAUGUGGCUGGUGUUGGCGGUGCCAAACAAGGCAAGAGUCUCAAGGCCAUCAAUCAAUCUGUGAUGACACAGGUCAACAACACACUCAACGACUUUGAGCGACUCCAGAGAAGGACCCGACUGAGGCGAUCAACCUACACCAUCAUUGGCCAACAACAGCAACAACAACAACAACAAGUACAGACUGAUGGAAAGCGCGAUGAUUAUGACGACGAAGUGUUUGAUGAUAUGGACUUUUACCAGAUAUUGUUAAAGGAGAUUGAGAAGACGAGUGCCGAGGCUGGACAGGUCCAGGUCGGCUCGGACCAAUGGCGCGAGAUGCAGGCACUCAAGAAGAAGAACAAGAAGAAGGCUGUCAACACCAAGUCAUCCAAGGAUCGCAUGCUCAAAUAUGAGACCUUCCAGAAACUGGAGAACUUCAUGCCACCCGUACCCGCACCCAUGCCACCCUGGAACAUCGAUCAACUCUUCUCCACAUUAUUUGGAGGCAUUGGUGUUGGAGGUGGACUCAGCUCAUAA